AUGGACGAGGACAGGGUGAACAGUUUACAUAAGGACAGGGUGGACAGUAUGGACCAGGAAAGGGUGAACAGUAUGGACCAGGACAGGGUGAACAGUGUGGACCAUGUCAGAGUGAACAGUAUGGACCAGGACAUGGUGAACAGUAUGAACCAGGUCAGGGUGAACACUAUGGACCAGGAAAGGGUGAACAGUAUGGACAAGGACAGGGUGAACGGUAUGGACCAGGAGAAGGUGAACAGUAUGGACCAAGACAGGGUGAACAGUAUGGAGCAGGACAGGGUGAACAGUGUGGACCAGGACAGAGUGAACAGUAUGGACCAGGACAGGGUGAACAGUAUAUUCCAGGACAGGGUGAUCAGUAUCGAUCGCUACAGGUUGAUCAGUAUGGACCAGGAUAAGGUGAACAGUAUGGACCAGGACAGGGUGAACAGUAUACGCCAGGACAGGGUGAAAAGUUUGGACCAGGACAGGGUGAACAGUAUGGAUCAGGACAGGGUGAGCAGUAUGGACGCGGACAGGGUGAACAGUUUACAUAAGGACAGGAUUAACAGUAUGGACCAGGAGAGGUUGAACAAUAUGAAACAGGACAGGGUAAACAGUAUACACCAAGACAGGGUGAACAGUAUGAACCAGGGCAGGAUAAACAGUAUGGACCAGGACAGGGUGAACAGUAUGGAGCAGGACAGGGUGAACAGUAUUGACCAGGACAGGGUGAACAGUAUGGACCAGGACAGGGUGAACAGUAUGGACCAGGACAGGGUGAACAGUAUGGACCAAGACAGGGUGAACAGUAUGGACAAGGACAAGGUGAACAGUAUAGACCAGGACAGGGUGAACUGUAUGGACCAGGAUAGGGAGAACAGUAUGGACCAGGACAGGGUGAAAGUUAUGGACCAGGACAGGGUGAACAGUAUGGACCAGAACAAAAUGAACAGUAUGGACCAGGACAGGGUGAACUGUAUGGACCAGGAGAGGGUGAACAGUAUGGACCAGGACAUGGUGAGAAGUAUGUACCAGGACAGGUGA